AGUAGAACGCAGCAUCAAAGUAUCCGGCUGCUAGGAUGAGCGACAAAGAUUGGCAAGAAAAGCUGAGGAUGGUUCAACACAAGAUGGUAUCUUUGUGGGAAAAUCAAAUAGAGCCUGCGAUACGCAGAAUGCAGCGGAAGGAAGGGAAAUCAUACGCCUACAUUCUUGGCGUGAUGGUCCUGAUGAUAUGGUACCUCUUCUCACACGAUUUCCUCUACUUCGUGUCUCUCCUCGCUGAAGUUCUGCGAACCUUCGGAAUCGUCUUGCUCGUCCUCCGUGUGGUGAAGAAAACUCAAUCGGUUCAGGGCCUCAGCCUCAAAACCCAGCAGCUCUACGCAGCGGUCUUCCUUACUCGGCUCAUGUUCAAGAUAGCGUACGAGCAGGACUACCUCUACGCCUUCAUCGAGACCAUAGCGACUGGACUGACAUGCUACCUGGUCUUCCUGAUGCGCAUCCAGUACAAGGCAUCGUACCAAGAGGAGAACGAUGGCUUCAACGAUCUCUACAUCAUUGGGGCCUGUGGGGUCAUCGGACUCUUCUUACACCCUAACGUCACCUCCAACUGGUUCAUCAACGUCUUGUGGGCGUUCUCAACCUACCUGGAGGCUGUCGCCUUGCUCCCGCAGCUGUACGUCUUUCACUCCGCCUCCAAGACCGUGGACAACAUGACCUCCCUUUGGAUCGUGUCCCUGUUUCUCUCCAGGGUGCUCGAGUGCUCUUUCUGGUUCGUCGCUCUGUUUUUCCGCGGGUACAUGAAAAUCUGGUCUUCCAUUGUUUGGUAUGUUAUCAUCACGGAACUCGUUCACACUUUCCUCCUGCUCGACUUCGUUCGCAACUUCUACAAGUGCUACCAGCAGGGUAUGAACAUGCUGCUGCCGUCCGCCUGGGGGUUGACAGGCAAAGACUGGUCCUUCGGUUCUGGAACGGCAGGCGCAAUGAACGAGCGACGCGAUUGAUCCGCUUCGAUUCGAAUGGAAACAUGUGAAUGUACAGAAGAACACCUGUGUAAUAAAAUCUACAGUGAAUGCCUG